AUGACUUGCGAUGUAAAUUCAUCAAAAGAAUUGCAAAAUAUAAAAGAAUUUAUUUUAAUUGAUACAGAUAAUGAUCGUGAUUUAUUUGAAAAUAUUUUUAAAUGUUUGUCAAAUCUAAUAAACAUUCAUUUAGAUUUUAAUCGUAUAACUUUUAUAUCAGAAAAUUUUGUUAAUCAGAUAAAAUAUUUGAAUAGUUUAUCAUUAUCAGACAAUGCAACAUUAAUAGUGAGGUAUCUACUUAUUAAUCGAUUAGAUAUACCUAAAUCUUUUCAAGAAUUAAUAAUUAAUAUUUGUGGCAUUGAGCAAACUAAAUUACCUAAUCAAGUUGAGGGUAAAGUUCGUCGUCGCCGUCAAUACCUUUACAAUAAUUAUGGUAGUUAUGCACUUAAUCCUGCAGUAGCAUCAUACUAUGACACUAAUACUGCUGAUAUCUAUAAUAAUAAUGCCCAGCAAAACAAUCGUUUCAUUGUUGGUGGAGUAGCUUAUCAAUAUCCAACACCUGUCAAUGUUAUGAGUGGUGGGUCAUACAACCCCCAACAAUAUAAUGCGUAUCCAAGUGGAUCUGGUGCUUAUUAUUAUGCUAAUAUGAACAAUAUGCGAUUACCAUCACCAGAUGGAUGGUAUUCAGCGUAUUAUUUUCAAGGAUAUCCAUUUCUACCAAUCUUUAAUAGUGCUCAGCGUCAUGCAAAUAUGUCACUUAUUACUAAACUAUUUUUUAUGGUUUUUAUUUGCCUGAUUUUGUAUCAAUGUUUUGUAAAUACAUAUUUUAUAUAA